GGAUUGACACCUUUUUAAAGUUUUACAGGUUAUUUCAAAGAAUUAUAGAUUUUUAUUCAUGAUGAAGAUGUUGCUGGCGCUGUACAUAGUAUGGGCAGCUGGACUUUCAGAUAAGGGAUACGUUGAAGGAUUCCAAAGGCCUUUUCGGUGUAACGCAAAUAGGAUGAUAACUAUGGGAUAUCCAGCGAUAUCAGGUCCUAAAUCUGUUAAUGAUCGGAUUGCCAUUGUUGGAGCAGGGAUAAGUGGAGUACAUAUGGCGUCUCUUCUAAAGGAGAGGGGUUUCAAAAACGUCAAAAUUUUUGAACAGCGAAACGAGGUUGGAGGAAAGGCAUAUUCGCGAUUUCACAGGGGGGUAUACAAUGAGUUUGGAACAAUCUUCAUGACGGAUACCUACGAUCAGGUGGCCAGGCUGGUCCGGAGAUACACUCCUCGAUCCAGAAUUAAAUCAAAAAACAAGUCUUCUUUAAUGGUCAAGGAUUUCG